CGCCACCAUUAUUCCUAACGCCAUCAUGCCACGCCUAGAUGACAACACACAACAAACCCUGCGCGAUGCCGAGCAGGGCAUCAAGCGCCACACAUUCAACGCCUGGGAUAGCUUCAGCAACUUUGCGCUUCGCGAUAAUGUGCUCGAAGUAGCCGUCGGCUUAAUUCUCGCAGCCUCCUUCACCGCCUGCGCAAAUGCUCUCGUGUCCGACAUCAUCCUGCCUAUAAUCUCACUCCUCCCCUUCCUCUCGCGUAACCUCGACGCCAAGUUUGCCGUCCUGCAGCACGGCCCAAACUAUAAUACCUCCAUCUCAAAUGGCUACAAUACGCCGAAGCAGGCGGUCGAUGACGGUGCUGUCGUGCUUGCAUACGGCAAUUUUCUCGACAAGAUGGUAAGGUUUUUUAUUGUUGCGCUGGCGCUUUGGGUCAUUGCGCUGGCUUAUAGCAGGGGCAGCGGCGACAAUAUUGUCAAGAGGCAGGUCAAG